CCCAAAAGUGUUCAAUAUUAUGGCCGCCAUAGUGGAUUGGAAAGUUAUCACAAAAUAAUUAAUUUUCAGAAAUAUAAUAAGUUGGUUGUAAAAAACGUUUCUUUUUAUGUAAUUAAAGUGAACUUUUAGUAAUUACAUAUAAAUCUUUAGGUGUGCAAUCCAUUUCUAAGCUCCUUAUAAAGGUACAAAUGGACAAAUACUGUGUAAACAAACGAAUUUGUUCGUUUGUUUUGUUUACGUCGGUUGUUUGGAAAUAAUAUUCUCAUUCUGUUACCGUUUGUAACAGUAAAGGAUUUUGGCUAUUUAUCAAAAAUUGCGUCUAUUUCAUUUCAAACUGUGAUAUGGAUUAACUGCUUUUCAAAAAAGAGUGAAAUUGUGUUUUCUGCCAUGUUGGAAGCAGUUCAUAUCACUAAAGUGGAUGUAACCAGUCCACGAACUCAGCUGGUACCAUCGCGAUGAGUGUCACUUUGAGAGUUGGAGCUGUUAAAAACAGUGGGGGCCAAGAGUCACAUUAUGGCAGUGGAGAUGAGGCAUCUUCAUCAUACACAGAUGCUGAUGUUCUUGAUAUUCCACUGCCUGAACACACUUACCAAAGACCUCUCCCACCCUCCAGCACGCAUGCUCUUAAUAGCUUUAGCUAUUUUGGUCUUCCUUAUCAGGAUCAUAAUUAUGGGAUGCCACCACCUCCAUCUCCUCCCCGACCAGUUUCGCCUAGGCCACCAUCACCUCUUCAGGUUAAUGGUGUUGUUCAGCUUGAAGAAGAGGUUAAAACAAGUCUCCCUGUAUCUGUUGCAGAAGAAGUUGUGGAAGAUAGUAUCACACGAUGUAUCUGUGGUUAUCUGCAUGAUGAUGGUUACAUGAUUUGUUGUGACAAAUGCAGUGUUUGGCAGCAUAUAGAUUGUAUGGGUGUUGACAGAAAUAACAUCCCUGAAAGCUACUUUUGUGAGAUUUGUCAGCCUAGAAUUUUAGAUGCUAUGAAGGCGAAAACUCUGCAAAAAAGAAAGAGGGAAGAGCUGGCAGCCCGUAAUGUCUUGUCGGAUUCAAGUGCUACUGAUACAGAUCCUGAAGAACCUGCAAAUGCUCUGGCUUCUAUGGGACGGAAACUUCCUUCUGGAAAGAAAAAAAGUUUAAAACACAAGCGAGCUUCAAAAGUUAAGGACAAACCUCCAUUGAAACUGAAAAUAGGCAAACCACUUUCACAGAAAAAGGUGAAAAAAGCAGGGAAAAAAGAAAAAGAAAAUAUCAAAGCAUCAAAGCAAAAAAAGUUAUUCAAGCAAGGCUCUCAAAAAAUAAAACUGGGGAAAUUAAAAAACAGGCCAUUACUGACACUAGAGCAAUUGAAUGCAGAUCCAUGGAAUAGUAAUUUAAGCCCUUGGGUUGAUUCAUAUGAACAUGCACAUGAGAACCAGUACAGUCCGGCUGUUAAAGAGUUUUCUUGUAACUCUCAUCUCAUUGGUCACUCAGUGGAUAUAUCAUCCAUAAUGCCUGAUCAUAUGUUAUCACAACUAACUUGUGUUUCUGUAGCUGAUGUUAGAAAAAACAGAAAGGGUUUGAAAGCAACACAAGAGAUCCCUGCCGGCCAGGUGGUUAUUGAGUACAAAGGCAGAGUCAUGCUUCGUCACGAUUAUGAUAAAGAAUAUGCUUUUGUUAAUUCUUUUAAAAAACUUCAACCAUUUGUACUUUUUUAUUCUAAAUUGGAUGUUGAUCUCUGUGUUGAUGCCAGAAUAUUUGGCAAUGAAGCUCGUUUCAUCCGUAGAUCAUGUUCCCCAAAUGCAGAGGUUAAGCAUAUUUUUACACAAGGGAAGGUUUAUUUUGUGAUUGUGUCUCUAAGAGAUAUUUCAGCUGGAGAUGAAAUUACUAUUCCAUUUGAUUACAACUAUCAAGAUUGUUCAUAUUGUGUGGAAUGUGCUUGCAUGAAAAACAAUUGUGCUGUUACAAAAUAUUGGAAAAAACAGAAAAACGCUUACAAGUCUUCAACAAAAGAGUUUACUUUGAAACGCAAGAAACAGCUAACUGGUGGUGAUGCAAGCAGAGAUUGUUCUAAUGACACUUCUAACUCAAGUUCUUCUCAUACCAGUCCAAGUAGAGUAUUAUCGUCACCAGUGAAAGCAUUGCAGAUGAAAUUAGCUACAUCUUCCAGUCCUCCUAGAUUAAGUAGCCCUAUUAAACUUUCAAACGUAUCCACUCUCUUGGCUGCUUCAGCCCUUCUUGAUGAACAGCCUGAUAUUGCAUCCAGUCUUAAGCUUGAGGUUCCUGAAUCAUUACAGCAGCAAGCACCACCACCCCCAGCUCCACCUCCCCCACCACCAAAGCCAGUGGCAACGCAAAGAAGAGGAAGCCGUCUCAUUGAAGAGACAUUCAAAGAAGAGAAAGUAGAACCAAUAGCUCUCUCCCAGAUGAAAGAAAAGCAUGUUAAAAUAAAGGAGUCUAAAACAAAAGAUAAAGAAAGCAAAGACCAUCAUUAUCAUCAUCCAGAAAUAAAAAGGGAGAGGCGCCCAUCUUCACGGAGGCAAAGUUUAGAUGAACUUGAAGAUACAGUAGAUCCCAAGCUUGAAUCUUCUGCUUCUGCUGGAAAUGAAUCUGAAGACUCCAACACUGGGUUUGAAUGUCCUAGAAAAAUGACACGAGAGGAAAGAAAACUGGAUGCUAUUAUGAAAGCAUUUGAAAAAAUGGAAAAACGUGAAGAAAGAAGAAAAGAAGCAUUGGCAAGAGGAGAAAUAGGAACUAAGAAAUGUUCAGAAACAAAGCCUAAAAAGGAAAAUGAUGGACAAAACAGCAGUGGUAGCACACAUUCUCGUUGUACUUCCCAAGACAGCCCUUCUGAUACAGAUCCCAAAACUGAGCCAAAUGAGGAAAAUCCUGAAAUAAAAUCUCCAGAAUCUUGUACGGAUGUUAAACCUGAAAGUCCUGCUACUGGUACUCCUCCAGCCAGUAGUGCAAAUACCACAAGCUAUUUCUCUUCAGCAGUUCUCACUUCUAUGCAAGAUAAGCCACUCAAAGAAGAGCUCCCGCCCAAGCCUGUUAGAAAGGCUGGGAAAAGAAAAAGAAGAAGAAGUAGAGUGCAGAGCACAGCGGUUAUCUCUGAUGCUGCAUCAAUAUCAACAGAUGAAGGAAACAGUAACAGCAGCUUUCCACCAGCUCCAUUAUCAGUGCCUGUUCCAAUUACUCCUUGCCCUAUGAACAAUCCCAAUUCAGAACCUGAUGGAGGUGUUUUCAAAUUUAUAAAGACAAAAAAGCACCUUUAUGAUGAGUGGACAAAUAAACAAGAAGAUGAAACAAACAAAAAUGAAGAAGAAAUGUUUGUUCAUUGUUUACCUAAUCCACAUGUAAAUACAAUGGAACAUCUACAACGAAGAAAUUCCAGUAGUGCUGGCUGCAAUAGCAAAGGUGCAGAAUCGAGUGCUGGUUCAGCAAAAAAGCGGUGGCUGCGCCAAGCAAUGCAUGAAGUUCCAACACCAUUCAUUUUAAACCAUGGCCUGUCCGUAAGCACAGAUAGUGGCGGAGCCUCCCCAAUUCAUGGUAGUUCAAGUCCAAAUCCUGGAACAGGGUUGGGAAGUCCUGGGGCAGCAUCUCCUUUAGACUUUGUGACACCACUUAAAAAGCGAAGGUUAAUGAGGGAAUCACUUUCAAUUGAAAGUAACGGGCCUUCACCUAGUCCUGGCAUCUUAUCAGAGAGCUUUGCUUCCAAUAACAUUGGCAUCACUUCAAAAACAAAUGGAGUGAAACAGAUUUUCCCAGCGCACCGUCACAGUGUAGAUGAUAGAUUGUUGUUACAUAAAGGCUACCCUCAUCAAAAUGGCUUUAAAGAAGCAGUUACUCUGAACGAUGGAAAGAAGUCAUGCACUGCCUCAUCCUCACAAUGUGCUUUGUCAUCAGCCCUCCUUGAAAACAAUUUGCCCACUGUGAACACAGACCAAAGAGUUGAGUCAUUUCCUGAUCUGGACACAAUGCUACCUGUACCAGUUUCCUUAACUUGGGCUAAUGGUAUGUCUGAGGCAGUGCCAAUCUCUUCUGUGUCAUUGCCAUUCACUCAGCCUAAACCAAACACAAAAUACCCUCUUAAAUUUAGAGGUAUUUUUGAAAGAAUGGAAGUAGACAGCAGUAAUGAGCCGCCAAAUGAGCGAGAAAUUCAACCAAUAGCCUCAACAUCUAGAAUAGAAAACAAUGGACUUGAUUUGUUGCAGCCCCUGUAUAAAAGUAUUGAAGAGGAUACCAGAAUUGAUAGCUCCGCAUCUACAGUUGUUGUUGUAAAUAGCAGUGGUGUGUACAAUGGUGUAAAUAAUCUAAUAGAUGAGGGAAGUGAGGCUGGCUGUGUUACAGCCAAGACAAUAAUGGAUGAAGACAGUCCAGCAACUGUUCGUGUUGAUUUAAAUGCUCAUGAAAUGGAACCAACUUCAUUAACUGAUAGCACUGCUGUUGUUAAUCUCAACAAUAGAUUUUUUGCUAGUAGUCAAGACAGGCUGAGCUUCAUAACUCAAGGGGAAUGUCAGGUAAAUAGUUCUGAAGAUAUUGUUGAACCUUUGACCGGCCAUAAUAGUGAAAUCUGUGAUAAUGUCUGCACUGACUCUGCGAGUGUGCAUGUAAGUGAGAAUGACAUCCAAAGAACUUUGAACUUAAGUCACACAGAAGGUGAAGUUGUAGAUAGUUCUCAGCAUGUAAAUAGAAAUGUGUUAGGACAGUUUUCAGCAGUAUUUGAAGAAAGGAACUCAAUAAAUCCUUCAAGUAUGCUUGGCACUUCAGUUGGUUCUAGGCUUGAUGCGGAGUGUAUUAGUUCAAGUGGUCAGACCAGCUCGACUUUGGUAGAAUCUGUGUCAGAGGAGCCGAUGUGUGAUUCUUUUGAGGAAUCUGAACAAAAUAUGGAAAGUGUUAAUAACAGACAUUGUGAUUCCAACAGCAUAAAUGUUGAAGACAGUAGCAUGCAUGAUGAUCCUGAUGAGAAUAGCAGUGAUAAUGUGCAGUUGAGGAGUUGUGACUCCAUGGGAAUAAAUUCAGUAUCCAAUCAUCCAUCUACUAGUAGUAUGAAUGAAAGUAAUGACAUUGAAGAGGAAACAAGUGAUACUGCUGUCUCUGAGUCACACUGUAAUGGACAGCCCUCUUUUUUCAACAAUGCUGUUGAUAACAAUGUUGACUCAACAAGUUCAGAGACACACAGGGAAGCUAUUCGCAGACCAAUUUUUCAUACUUUAACUGUGGACACAGGUAAUAUAGACACAGCAAUCCUGGAUGGUGGCUGUGACAGUAACUAUGAAAGAUUACCCAGUGCGGAGGGCAUGUGUGAAAAUUCAGUUACUGGGGAUGAGUCCUCUAUGGAAGGUUUAGGUGUUUCUUCUUCAAAUGGUUUGGAUUCACAAAUGGGUAACAGUGCGUGGGAAAGCUACGGUAGGCAAAAGGACCUUCAAAUGGAAGCUUUCCCAGACAAUGCUGUUUCAACAGUGACUCAUGAUUACAAUUCAGGGGUAUCACAAAGUGUAUCCAGCAACCAGGAAAGGUCCAAUCAGUUAACUGUCGAUGAACAAUCUAACCUGAGUUUAGAAGCACAGCCCACAUCUUCUGCUUCUACAGAUGUAAAUAUAACUCUUACAACCAACAGUACUGUUCCCAGUUGUCAUGUACUAAGCAGCACUCCUACUCCACGAUCUUUCACUUUAUCACCGUCGUCCUCAUCACUUCUAUCUUCACCGCCAUCAGUCUUCGUUAAUGAAAGUGCUUUAAGUUCCACAUCGCCCAACUUGUCCACUGCCUCGCCAACAAUUAUGAGAGCAUCAAGCUCCAAUCAUGUACCUGUGACAAGCUCUCCGCCUAUUUCUUCAACAGCAGAAGCAACUCCUGCUGUGAAAAAAAAGGUCAGUCUUUUAGAAUACCGCAAAAGAUUAAAGGAAAAGCCUGCUUCAACAAGUGUAGAAACAAAAACACCAGAAACAACAUCACAUCAGUACAAGAUGUCCUCAUCUCACACAGCCACAUCAUCCACAUCACCAUCCAAGUCAUUUCUUUCAAGUAACACUCAGAAAAUGCCUACCCUUGCAACAUUACCACUGUUUCGUUCAACUGAUAGAAGGAAAGAUGACAAAAAGAAACCCAUUCCAAAAGUCGAGAAACAGCUAAGUCUAACUGAAAGGCUUCGCUUGGAGUUCGGUCUUGAAGACUGCACAGAGGAACAAAAAAAGAAAUCAGAUGACUCAGAGGUUGCUUCAUCAAAUGGAGGUAGAGAUGACUCCUUGCCACCCCCACCUCCUCCUUCUCAGCCAGCUUAUGCAUCAGCUAGCUUUGUUGCAUCUUCAUCCCACUCAAGACCAGGAUUUCUUGCAGCUACACAGACAUCCAUUGUAAAUGGUGGCCCAAGCACAAGUUACAACUACCAUCAGCAGCCAAGCAUUUCAUCAACUUCAACCCCUCCACCUGUCGUAACACCGGGAAGAGAAGGAUUGGUUUAUCCAGGACUGGUUACUGCAACUCUAUCAAAUCAUACACCGCAACAAGCCCCCUCUUCUUCUUGCCAUUUAAGCGCCUCAAACUCUCAGCAGCCUCAUACAAUUUCAUGGACUGCUACCCAAGGACCCACAUCUUCAUCUCCAGCUUUGUCAGUGAAUCACCUUUCCUUUAGACCGCCUCUACUUUCUCAGACAAUUGUAAGUGGCAAUACAGUUCCAGAAGAUCAUCCACCACCACCUCCACCCCCUCCAAGACCACACCAUCGACCAUCUCCAAGCUCAUCCACAUCAUCAUCAUCAGUAAUGCACAGACAUAAUCUUCAAAGCUCUAGUGGAAAGAGUAACAAGGCAGCACCAUCCUCAUCAGCAGCAUCUUCAUCACGCUACCCAGAAAAUAGAAGCAGGUACUAAGCUGUAACUAGCUGAAUGUAAAUUUUGUACUAUAAACUGAACCAGAUCUAAAAUGGUAUGAGCUGAUGUCUCUAGCUAUUUGGUCAAUUUACGCAUUUAGAUAUAUUAUUUUAGUAGUCUAUUGUUUACAUAUUUGUUUCAUGAUUCUUGCCACAAAAUAAGUAGUAGCACUCUAUAAGUACAAGUCAUUCAUUUAAAAUCUUCUAGAAUCAUUCAUUAAGGCCUAUAGUGUAGUAUUGUUCAAUUUUAAAAAUUGUAAGCCUAAACUCUAUAAAUUGACUAUUGUAGUUUCCUAUGUUGUUUUAUCUUGUUUAACUUUGUUUAUACUCUUUUUUUUCCCAAUCACUGGUUUGUGUGCAGUAUAAGAUGAAUAUAUUGCCAUACUCUGUGCUUUUAUGUUAAAAUUCUCUAAGCGCAUGGUCAUUUUAACCAGAGAACAGCAAGCAACAAAAUCAGUUUCACGCGUUUACCUUCUGAAACUACUGCCAGAAAAUUUUCUCACUACGAAUCAUUCCGUCUUUGCUAAAUAAAACAUUAUAUUUUAACAUUAUGUAUAGCUGUUUUUGGUAUUAUGAUCUUGAAUUAAGUGUAAACUUUUUUAAAUGCUAUAAUUAACAGUAAAAAAAAUAUGUACACUACUAGUUAUGCAUUUAAGGGUUUUAUGAGAUUACCUUUGUGAGUAUUUAAUAAUUAGUAUCAUCUGCACAACUUCUAGUUCAAGACUCUAAAAUCACUUUCUGCCACUCAGUACUUUAGUGAAUACAACCAUAUACUUUUUUAUGAAUUAAUUUCCAAAAUAUUUUAACAUUUUUUAAUUAUCUGCUUAAUACAUGUUUCUCUUAUAUUACUGUACACAUCUUAAAAGUUUUUUUGCUAGAUGAGUGAUUUAUUUUGACUGCUAAGAUGAUCUCACGGCUCCUUCCAAUAGCCCUAUGAAGUAAAGAAUUAUCACAAUUAAUUGUGGAUACAUGAUUCUACCUAUUGUUUACCAUACUUGCGUUAGUCAUGCUUUGAAUCAACUAUCGGAUUAGGCCUAUAUCUAAACUAAAUUUGAGCCAAUCCAGACAUUCACUGAGUAUUAUAAUCUACAGAAUCUAAUUUUUAAUUAGCUUGAUUUAGGUCUCUACUGAUGUUGUAUUAUUCAGGGACUCUAAUAGGUGGCAUAAUGUGAAUUUCCAACUGCGUCAAAUCACAUUUGAUGGUUAACUCCUAUGUAUGCUUGUUAACCAAACCAGUUUGUGACGCAAUUUCUUCUUUUACAAAAUACCCCUUUUCAGCUUUCAUAGUGUUUAGUAGUAGUUAAAAUAAAUAUCGAGUUGAACUAGGUUACAAAGUUCAUAAAAUAAGUAAUGAAACCAAAUCAUAGAGUUUGUAAUAGUAAACCUUUUGCCAUAUUUUUCCAGUUAGGUUUUGUCAGCUGUGCGGUUCCCCUCUACAGAUCAACAUUGAUGUAAACAUUGCUAAUUUCUGUUAAAUGUUUAACCCAACUGUUGAAAGAAACUGACUAUAGUGCUGAUAAAUCUUGUUUUGAUCUUUACUUGUAAAUAGUAACUCAAUUGCUGUAAAUAAAAGUUGUAUUUAAAUAACUAAAAAUAUAUAUUAAAAUGUGCUUGAUAAACAUGUGAAAAGUUUUAGUUUUCUGUAAAUAAUUGGUUUGUGAUGUAACAAUUAUAUUGUCUAAAUGAACAUAGAUUUCCUACUCGCCCGUUGAAUAAUCUGAUUUGCUUUUGUUAACUAUUCUAAAUACUAUUACUAAAGAAACAUCUGCUUUGUUAUGAUGAAAAUCCUGCCAUAAGUACAUGCCUAUUUGCUAACUUAAUCUUCAAAAAAUUUAGUUCAAAAUAAUAGGACCAUAUUUUGGACCAUUUUGUGUUCUAUUGUACAUAUGCCUUUGGCUCAACUUUUCAGGAGGAAAUUCAUUGCAGUAAGUCCCAAACUUUCAUAAAGGGAGAAGGGAGGGGUUUGUUGUGUACAUACUUUGUUGUCAUGACAUAAAGGUCACUCAUGUUUCUUGCUUAUGUCAUGUAAUGCUAGAGUGUUUGAUGUCAAUGCUUAAUGCUCUAGUGUUAUAAAUAAAAGUUUUAAAUAAAAUGCAUUGA